AUGGAAGCGAAGAAGGAGAUCGAGGUAGCAACAGAGAGGGACGCCGAAGUCGUCCUACAAGUCACCGGAGAAGGUGGCAAUGGUGGUAAGGAGGAGGAACGAGCAGCCAUGGACGUCAGCAGCAGAAGCAGGAGAGUCGCAGCACUGGAUGCAUUCAGAGGCUUGACUAUAGUCAUGAUGAUUCUGGUGGAUGACGCCGGGGGAGCGUACGAGCAGAUCGAUCACUCGCCGUGGAACGGAUGCACGCUUGCGGACUUCGUCAUGCCCUUCUUCCUCUUCAUCGUCGGCGUUGCCAUCGCUCUCGCACUCAAGAGGAUAACACAAGUCUCCGCUGCAGUAAAGAAAAUUGUGAUUAGAACACUGAAGCUUCUGUUAUGGGGAUUAAUCCUGCAAGGUGGAUACUCGCAUGCUCCCGAUGACCUCUCCUACGGCGUCGACAUGAAGAAGAUACGAUGGUGCGGCAUUCUCCAGAGAAUAGCACUGGUGUAUCUGCUGGUGGCUCUCGUAGAGGUUGUGACAACAAAGAUCCAUCCUACCACAAUAGGCUCGGGGCCUUUUGCAAUGUUCAAUGCAUAUCGUUGGCAAUGGAUUUUUGGAUGCGUUGCCUUUGUAGUUUACAUGGCCACAACUUAUGCUCUUUAUGUUCCGGACUGGAGCUUUGUUUUCCAUAGAGAAGGUGAUGUCAAUGAUGGAAAGAGAUUUGUGGUGAAAUGUGGUGUGAGAGGACAUUUAGAUCCAGCAUGCAAUGCAGUCGGCUAUGUGGACAGAGCAGUCUGGGGAAUCAAUCAUCUUUACACACAACCAGUGUGGAUCCGAUCUAAGGACUGUUCACAAAGUUCACCUGAUAUGGGUCCACUUAAAGAAGAUGCAGCUUCGUGGUGUCUUGCUCCCUUUGAACCAGAAGGCUUGCUGAGUUCGGUAUCAGCCAUCCUUUCUGGAACAGUUGGAGUUCAUUAUGGCCAUGUUUUAAUCCAUUUAAAGGGUCACUCGGAGAGACUUAAGCAUUGGUUGCUGACGGGGUUUGGUCUUCUUAUUUGUGGCAUCACCCUUCACUUCACAAAUGCUAUUCCUCUCAACAAGCAACUGUAUAGCUUUAGUUAUGUCUGCUUCACAGCUGGGUCAGCAGGCAUUGUUCUCUCAGCAUUUUAUGUAAUGAUUGAUGUAUGGGGUAUCAGAACACCAUUCCUGUGGCUGGAGUGGAUUGGCAUGAAUGCAAUGCUUGUUUUUGUUAUGGCAGCCCAAGGAAUCUUCCCUGCAUUUGUGAAUGGAUGGUAUUAUGAAACUCCAGAUAAUUCUCUUGUCCAUUGGAUCCAAAGGCAUGUCUUUGUUAAAGUUUGGCAUUCAGAGAGAUUGGGGAUGCUAUUGUAUGUGCUAUUUGCUGAGAUUGUCUUCUGGGCAGUAGUAGCAGGCAUCUUGCACAAGCUGGGUCUCUACUGGAAACUCUGAAAAGUGUACAUUCAAAUGAUUUGGACUGCUUUAUUCUCACUCUUUGUAAUGUGUCCAAGUUCUUGUAUCUUACAAUCAU